AGUUCAGAGACCAAAUACACACGUUAGUCUUAAAAUUCAAAGGUUCGAAUUCCUUUAUCGACACGAUUAGGUUAAAACUUUAAUGAGUCAAAAUUGGUCAAAACGGGCUUUGCUGGCUCCCUCUCAACAUACAGUCUGUUUACUAUUAUCAUUCCAACCAAGAACAGACAUAGCCACCAAGCUCUCAAAGCGAAAGAAACGAUGUCGUUUGAAGAGACAGAGCUGAGGCUAGGGUUGCCUGGAAAUAAUGUUAGAUCAGAAGUGAGGAGGAAGAGAGGGUUCCAUGAGGAGCCAGGUACAAAUCACAAGCCUCCCCUACCCAAGGCACAAGUGGUAGGUUGGCCACCAAUAAGGUCGUACAGAAAGAACAGUCUAGCCCUCCGAAAGGGUAGCAACGAGGAGGUGGUGCUAAUCAGUAGGAAUAAGAAUGGAAAUAUCGGAGCAGCUAGGUUCGUGAAGGUUAGCCUCGAUGGUGCACCUUAUCUUCGCAAAGUCGACUUGACCAUGUACAACAGCUACAAACAACUCUCCCAUGCCCUAGCCAAAUUCUUCGGUGCCUUCACCAUUGGUCACUAUGGAUCCCAAGCAGUUGGGAUGAAAGACUUCAUGAAUGAAAGCAAACUAAUAGAUCUUUUGAAUGGUUCGGACUACGUUCCAACCUACCAAGACAAGGACGGUGAUUGGAUGCUCGUCGGUGAUGUUCCAUGGCAGAUGUUUGUUGAAUCUUGCAAACGUCUACGUAUAAUGAAAGGAAAGGAAGCCAUUAACCUCGGGCUGUAGAGAAAUGCAAGAACUCCAAGAACUAACUUCACCUUUGAUAUGGGCAAGGCAUGCUAAUUGGUUGGUGUGAUUUGCAUAUAUAUAUAUAUAUAUAUAUAUAUAUCAAUCAUAAUGUAUAAUAUUAAUUAUGUAUCUUUGUGUAGUGUUUGUGUGUAUACAAUAUGGUCUACUUUUUAUUUAAGUGAUUUAAUUUGUAUUGUGAUUAAUGU